AAUUAUUUGUCUAGACUGAUUAGUCACACUGGUGCUGUGGUUGGUCCAUGAAUGCACCGUAAACUGUACAUUACAGGUGUGGUCAGCACAUGACAGCUACACAGCAAAAACACUACCAGUGUCCUCAAGACUGAUUCUUUCUAUAGAAAAAUUAGGGUGGGUUAAACAUGACAGCUGGUCAAGACGUUUUACCUGCUCUACUGGAUUUUUGCAAUUAAAGCAAAACUUAAGCAAGUGGAAAUAAAAUUGUAUACACACCCUUGAUUUUAGCAGCUACUAAAAUUGAAUGGAAAUGCACACAAAUAAUGUAGCCAGGCUGUGUAUAAAUGUAUCCUAGCCAGGCUGACUGCAUGUGAAAACAGCUCACAGUGCAAACAGAAGACGAUGGAACCUGAUUGCAUGUGGAAUAUCUGUUAUUUCUUGUUAACGCUACAAGACUGAGCACUACUGCAUUCCUGCUGAGAGGCUUAGCCUUAGGGUCUGCACUGACAGGGCAGGCUUAUUGCAACCACUGCACCGAAGGAAGCAAAGCAGGCGAGCAACAACACGCCCCUUGUUGGAGAGGAACGCUUACAAAGUAGAGCACAGAGGUGUUUGCUGUGAAGUAUUUGCCAUGAGAUCAUGAUUUGCCCAUCGAGCUGAAAUAAGAACACAAAGAGCCUCGCCUUGAUUAUACUGAUCACAGAUUACAUUUUAACAAGUGUACUAGUAGACAACAGAUGAAUUAAUGCUUUUAUUAGGUACAAAGACUACAUGCAUAGCUACAGAGAGAGCGGUUUUGGCUUUAUUUUUGACUGAUUAAGACAAACUUCAGAGCAAAUGUUCUCCGAUGUUCCCCUGGCCUGAGAUCUACACUGACUUUUCCUUUACAGUGAGUGCAAAACCUCAGACAAGACUGAGAGACAAGAUACACUGUUGUAUGAUUACAUCAACUUCUGUCAGUGAAUUAUUGCUAUUCCUCUAUCAGUUAGCUGGAAAAUAUAGUUAAUGAUCAACUUCAAUCACUCGUGAAUGGUUUCAAAGAAGCAGUCACAAACAUGACACCCACCAGGAAGGUAAUAAAACCAUCGUGCCUAAUUCUACGGCUGAUGAAAAAUGUUGAUUCUGUGAAAAAAUUUUCAGUCAAUCCUCAAGCUAACCUAGACAUCAAAAAUUAAUUAAAUAUUACGUUGCAAUGAGCCAGAACUGUGUCAAGGAGAGGGGAGAGGGGGGACAGAGGAGGAGGAUGGGUGAGACCAGUGUGUAGGCGUGAACAUUGCAUGUGCACUGUCAGAGCAUCCUAACAAGCCAUCCUGCUGCUCAGCACCAGCCGACUGGAAAAAUAACUUCAUCAAGCGGUCACUGCAUUGAUCCUGGCACUGGUGAGUGAUUGUUUCAGUAUUUUCUGUUGCGCACAGAGUACAAAUACAGCAUAUAAUGGGUUAAGAAAUAUCACUAUUUUACUGUAGAAUGUAGAAACUUUAAAUGAAGAAGGUUCAUAAAGACUACCAUUAAUAUUCACUCUGUAUGUGAUUAUGACUGCAACCAACAAUUGCUUCUGUUAUUUUUUUCCAUUAAGGGAAUAGUUGUUGGUCUGCAAAAUGUCAGAAAAUGAUAAAAAAAAUAAAAAAGCUAAAAGUCACACCAUCAAAUGUUUUAUUUUGUGCACAAACCAAAGACAGUCAGUUUACUGUCAAAUACGAGUAAAGAUGCAAGAAAAUAUUCAACCUUUAGCAGUUGUAAUUAGACAGCUCAAGCUGAUUAAUAUAUUUACCAAAAGAGUUGUUCUAUAUGUUAGAUUUUCAUUGGCUUUUACAUUUAACUAACCAAAUAAAGGUACAAUAUGUAUCAUAAUGAGAUUCAGAGUCAAUGACAAAACUGCUGCAGAACUUGCAACUCUUGAUCAACCUCAGUUUAACACUUUCAUACUCUGUGCUGGUUAUAAUUUAACUACUAUGGAAUAGCGGUUACUACAACACCAAGACACACAAGUGAGACAACUCAUUAUUAUAUGUCAGGAAAGGAUGAAAGGUCUCAGCUAUAACUGCAAUUAUACAGAUUCAUCCAUAGAAUUUAAAAGGAUGGCAGAGAAAACUGACAGACCAGAAAUAAGAAAAAAAUAACCAUAAGUGUCUUUAAAAUAAUAUUACUGAUACUGACAACAUGUCACUUGAGAUGCUACAUAAAAGCAAACCAAAAGACACGGAACACUUCAGUGAGUAAAUUUAGCUAUUUUUAUACUCGCAACAGGAUUUAAAAAAAGAAUUAGUGAUAAAGCAACUAGUGUAAAUAUAUGUAUAUGAUGGUUCACUGGAUAUUUGCUUAUGUACUACAACCUUAGUUUAAUUAACGCCUCUGGCAAUCUCAGUGUAAGAUUAGCUUUACGAGCUUGACAAAAUAUGACUUCAAUGUGUAAAUAGUAUUAUAUGACGAGGUGCUUCUUUUGCCCCCACUCUGCAUUUACUAGAAACCAAAUGUUUGCUUGUUUUACGAGAGCAGGAAGUUGCACUUAAAUUUUCAUUGGCAGAAUUCACCUGUCUGUCUUCUACAUCAAACAUUAAUUUAUCUGUGUCAGUCACAGUAGCGUAUCUCUGAAGCAAAUUUACAGUCCAUAAAACAUCAAACAUAUUGAGUUAAUUAAGAUUUAUCUUGCCACAGGCUUGACUGCUGCAUGACAAGUGACCGAACAUGCUCCUUGGCUCACUUCAAACAAAUGUCCUCCACGAUGAGAACAGCAUGCUGCUUUAAAGUGGUGGAUAUUAUUUUGAGAUAUGGAGCAUUGGAAUAAGACUGACCUGACAGCCAAAACAAUCUCACCUUUGUCUAACUGUACUGUGGAUACCAGCUACCGCUUCACCUUCUACCAAGUGUCCUACAGUAUCAUCUUCCUGCUGGGGUUGGUCACCAACAGCUUGGCUCUACGCAGACUGUGUCUACCCUCCUGCACCAUGAACAGCACAGCCAUUUACAUGCUCAGUCUGUCAACUGCCGACUUAUUUUUUGUGAUCUCUUUGCCUCUGAGAAUCUACUACUACCACCAAAGGGCGCAAGCUUUGUCCUCCAGGACAGGAGACUGGUCUGGCUGGACUCAUGGGGUGGCUUUCUGCCAGAUCACUUUCAUCCUCAAAUACAUCAGCUUGUAUGGGGGCAUCUUCUUCCUGGUGUGUAUUGCUGUUGACCGUUACUUUGCUGUAGUGCACCCCUUGGCAUCAACACUCCACAGGCGGCGUGUUGCAUGGGUAGUAAGUGGGGUGAUCUGGUGCCUGGUGCUGGGCCUCAGCGUGGGUCUGCCUUUGCUGAAGUCACUAGCUGCUCGCCAAAACCAACCCUGUCUGCUGGACCCAUCCGUGCAACACCACCGCACCGUCAUCCUGGUAGCCCUGGGCGUAGUGCUGGGGUCAUUUCUGUUGCCCACUCUCAUCCUCCUUUACAGUUACUGCAGAGUGCUGCGUGUGCCUAACCAGCCUAGACACCACUGCCGCAGCCACCACCGCGGCCGUCAGCACACCCUCAGGGUUAUCUACUGGGUGCUGGGCGUCUUCCUGCUGUGCUUCCUCCCCUACCACAUCAACCUGCUGGGAUACACACUCACACACAUGGAGCUGCUGCCCCACUGUGGCCUGGCCAAGGUGACCAAGGCUGUGCACCCUGUGGUGCUCUCCCUCGCCAGUUUCAACUGCUGCCUCAACCCAAUUAUCUACUAUUUCUCCAGCAGCCUGGUGCACAGGAAUGGUCCCACUGGUGGAGGCAGCGGCAGCCACUGACACACAAUAGAAACGGGUAAUGUCACACAACUACUAGAAAGAACCGUUCAAUGAAUGUUAGCAUAUUUUAAGAGCACAAGACUGGUAAACAGUAAUACAACUGACUAUGCCAGGUCCACUCCCAUGACUGUGUGUUAAAAAAAAUCUGAAUUCUAGGAUGAAUUUUAACAGUUUGAAUAGUCUUUGUGUGUUCAUUUUAGCUCGACUCCUGAGCAGCAGUCUGGGGUUCAGUGUCAAGCAAUGAAAACUGUGCAUUUUCCUCAAUACAACGUCAAUGUGAUUGUGAAAUAUUUGCAUUUUUUAUAUGCAGUGGAUGUUGAAUUUAUGUGUUUUCUGCUUCUUUCACAAACAUGCUGAUUAAAAAUUAUGAAGCUGUUUAAUAUUGAUCUUAUAGGGUAUCUAUCAUAUUUUUGAACUGCAGUAAUAAGUAGCAUUUUUUUUAUUAUUCUACUGAGUUUUUUUUCUGUGUCUUUACAUUGUGUAUGAAUGAAUCUUAUGAAAAUG